GCCAAAAAAUAGAAAAGUCAAAUUUUCAUACUCUACUUUGGGCGUGCUUUCCGGGUCUUAAGAAUGGCUCUGCCUCCCUCUCUUCACUUGAUUCCAUUUCACCAAUAAUACUAAAUCCAACCCAAAACUUCUUACUUUCUUCCUCCAAAAAAACCAAAAAAAAUCAAAAAAAAUAAUGUACUCUUCUAAAGUAGCCAACAGCAAAAACCAAUGCUCCAAUGGCGUUAAAAAUAUGACCAUGAUCAUUUCUUUCAUUUUUAUAAUCUACCUUAUGUGUUUCAACUUUUCAAUUCCUAACACCAAAUCACUCCAUACAUCAGUUUCACUCCAAAAUGAUUCGUCGUUAUCAUCGGAUACGACUCUUGAACAUAUUGUAUUUGGAAUUGCAUCUAACGAGCACGCGUGGUCCUCAAGAAAAGAAUUAGUCAAGAUGUGGUGGAAACCAGGUCGAAAAAUGAGAGGAUGUGUGUUUCUUGAAAAAAUGCCACCUAAUUACACGAACAAUGCAAAUGAUUCUUCAUUGCCUCCAAUUUGUAUAUCGGGGGACACAUCAAGAUUUAAGUACACGUUUCGCGGAGGGACACCCUCCGCGAUUCGUGUGGCUCGUGUUGUCACCGAGACGGUGGCAUUGAACCAUUCGAAUGUAAGGUGGUAUGUGUUUGGAGAUGAUGACACGGUUUUUUUCACGGAGAAUUUGUUGAAGACGUUGUCUAAAUAUGAUCAUGGGCUUUGGUACUAUAUAGGGUCAAAUUCAGAACAUUUCUUGAUGAAUAAAGCUUUUUCAUAUGAAAUGGCAUUUGGUGGAGCUGGCAUUGCUAUAAGUUCACCAUUGGCUAAAGUUCUUGGCAAAGUGUUUGAUGCAUGUAUUGAAAGGUACCCUCACCUUUUUGGUAGUGAUGCUAGGAUUUAUUCAUGUUUGGCUGAGCUUGGUGUAGGUUUAACCCAUGAACCCGGUUUUCAUCAGCUAGAUGUAAGAGGAAAUAUGUUUGGAGUAUUGGCUGCACAUACCAUUAGACCUUUGGUAUCUCUGCAUCACUUGGAGAUGAAUGAUCCGAUAUUCCCAAAUAUGACGAAAAUGAAAUCUCUAGCGCAUUUAUACGAGGCAGCAAAAUUCGAUCCCCAUCGAAUUUUGCAGCAAACAGUAUGCUACGAUCGUUGGUUUACUUGGACAGUUUCUGUAUCUUGGGGAUAUGCUGUACAAGUUUUCAGCUACAAUAUCUUCUUGCCAGAUGUACUGCGCGUACAGGAAAGCUAUUUUCCGUGGCAGACGAGUGAUUUGGCUAGACAUUAUGACUUUGAUACAAGGCCAUAUGAACCUGAUCCGUGCAAAAGACAGCUUGUCUAUUUCUUACAUAAUGUGUCCUCUGGAAUUGAUGGAAAAAUCAAGACUAUUUACAAGAAGAAAACCCCUGAGAAUUGCACUAUCACCAUGGUGUCACCUAGAAGACUAGAAGAAAUCAGAGUGGUUUCACACAAGUUAGAAAUUGACAGAAAACAGUUGCUAUCACCAAGAAGGCAGUGCUGUGAUGUAUUGCCAUCUACGUCUCGAAAUGUGAUGGAUGUAGAGAUAAGAGAAUGCAAAGAAGAUGAACUAAUUUUUAUACACCCUUAGCGAUAUACGUUACUGUGACAUUCAGCACGUUGAUAUUUGAUGGCAAAUUGGUGAUGGGAUGAGGGAUUUUUAGAACAGAGGAUUUCGCGGUUGUCCCAAAUAGGCCAAUGCUAUUUUGCUUUCUCUAAGCAUAACAUCUACUCUUUUGCUUGUGAAGUAGAUUUAGGAAAUUACAUUAUGAAAGUAGUAGAAUUAGAGUGUACUAAAGGAAAAGGGAAUUAUAAUUAUAUGUAACUAGAAAGCUAUGCACAUGUGCAUCAGCAAUCAAAUGUGAAAAUCAAAGAAAAAACUCAAAUUUGACUUGGACCUUUUUAAAAAAAUAAUGUGUAGUUCUGUUA